AUGCCCUGUGUCCAGGCGCAGUUCGGGUCCUCGCCCCAAGGAGCCAGCCCGGCCUCCCAGAGCUACAGCCACCACUCCGCGGGGGAGUACAGCUCCGACUUCCUCACGCCGGAGUUUGUCAAGUUCAGCAUGGACCUCACCAACACUGAGAUCACCGCCACCACCUCCCUGCCCAGCUUCAGCACCUUCAUGGACAACUACAACACCAGCUACGACGUGAAGCCUCCGUGCUUGUACCAAAUGCCCCUGUCCGGACAGCAGUCCUCCAUCAAGGUGGAAGACAUCCAGAUGCACCAGCCCAGCCACCUGCCCCCCCAGCCCGAGGAGAUGAUGUCCCACUCGGGCUCCGUCUACUACAAGCCCUCCUCGCCCCCGACCCCCUCCACGCCCGGCUUCCAGGUGCAGCACGGCCCCAUGUGGGACGACCCCGGCUCCCUGCACAACUUCCACCCCAACUAC